AUUAAAACAAGUUGGCAGCACUCGUCACACAGUACAAAACUAUUGAGAAAAUUUACAUUAAUUUAAGACACUUUUUUGCAUCCUUGCUCCGCCCACUUUCAACGCUGCUGUAAUGGUAAGUGCGCCCCAAACCGAUCCGUUAACGCCCGUAACCGGAAAUUGAGAUUUCAACGCACGCAAGUGCCAUAUUAAGUACAAGAAAAAAAAACGCUGACUGCACCCUCGACCGCCCACUUUUGCUAGCGGCAAAAAGUAGUGCAACUCUUGCAACUGUGCGGGCGCGAGCAUAACCAGGAGUCUACAUAACCACAUACAAUAGCAACCACCAUCUAAGCACACGAACCACCAUUCCAAGCAUGUAUCCCUGGAGCUCGUCCACGUACAGCGGUCAAGCGCCCAAUGGUGACCAAUCCAGGACGAUGCCCAAUGGUUUGGACGACCAGGAGAAGCUGCUGGCCGAGGCGGUCGGCGCGGCACGCAAACAGGCAUUCCAAAUGAAUCAUUUUCUGGACAAGGAGCGCAUGCUGGACGCACUCAAGUGUGCCAGCACGAUGCUGAGCGAGCUGCGCACUUCAAUGUUGUCUCCCAAAAGCUACUACGAGUUGUACAUGGCUGUCACGAAUGAGCUGUGCCACAUGGAACUGUAUCUCAGCGAGAAGAGCCACAAGGAGACGGAUCUGUAUGAGCUUGUCCAGUACUCGCAUACGAUAGCUCCACGUCUAUAUCUGCUUAUCACGGUGGGCAUUGUGUACAUAAAGAACGACUCGACACUGAAGCGUAGUAUUCUCAAGGAUCUGGUAGAAAUGUGUCGAGGUGUACAGCAUCCACUACGUGGACUCUUCCUGCGCAAUUAUCUGCUGCAGUGUACACGUAACAUUCUACCCGAUGUCCUGGUGGCGGAAAAUGAGCAUGAGGGAAAUGUAUACGAUGCCAUUGACUUUGUGCUAACGAAUUUCGCCGAGAUGAAUAAACUGUGGGUGCGCAUGCAGCAUCAGGGUCACUCCAGCGAGAAGACGCGCAGAGAGAAGGAACGCGAGGAACUGAAAAUAUUGGUGGGCACGAAUCUGGUGCGACUGUCGCAGCUGGAAUCCGCCACACUGGAGACUUACAAGCGUUUGAUAUUGCCUGGAAUAUUGGAGCAAGUGGUCAGCUGUCGGGAUGCCAUCGCCCAGGAGUAUCUGAUGGAAUGCAUUAUACAGGUAUUCCCCGAUGAGUUUCAUCUGCAGACGCUCGAUCCGUUCCUGAAGUCCUGCGCCCAACUGGAGACGGGAGUUAAUGUUAAGAACAUUAUUAUAUCGCUGAUUGAACGCCUGGCGGCCUAUAACCAACGAAGUGGCAAGACAAGUGGUAAUGCUAUAGAUGCCAUUAUACCUGCCGAAGUCGAAUUAUUUGAGGUGUUCAGCGUGCAGGUGGCAAACAUUGUGCAAACUCGCACGGAUAUGCCGCUGGAGGACACAAUCUCCCUGCAAGUGGCCUUACUAAGUCUCGCUCAGAAGGUGUAUGCCGAUCGUGUUGAUUACGUGGACAAAGUGCUGGGUACAACUGCACAAAUACUCGAUCGCAUGAACAUGAACAACAUCUCGCAUCUGUUGUCUGUGAACCAGGAACUGUCUCGCCUUUUGAGGAUCUGCAUAGACUUCUACAACAAUGCUCUGACCAUCAUACAACUAAACAACUUUUGUCCGCUGCUGGAAAAGUUCGAUUACACCUCGCGCAAAUCGUUGGCAUUGUAUCUGGUCAUGAACAUACUGGAGAACGAGACACAGGUGACCACAGCGGAGCAAGCGGAUAGCCUAUUGACGAUCAUAACGCCGCUGAUAAAGGACGACGAGACGAGCACCACAAAUAAUAGCACAGAUGCCGAGGAGUUUGCUGAAGAACAGGGUGUUGUGGCGCGCUUUAUACACCUGUUGAAAUCUGAGGAACCGGACAUGCAAUAUAAAAUGCUGCAAACGGCGCGAAAGCAUUUAGGAAAUGGUGGUGGCCAGAGAUUGAAGCAUGUCCUGCCACCGCUUGUGUUUGCUGCCUAUCAACUGGCAUUUAAAUACAAAGCCAUUGCCGAGCAGGAUGAGAACUGGGAUAAAAAGUGUCAGAAGAUUGUGCAGUAUUGUCACAGCACAAUCAGCGCCUUGGCCAAAGCAGAUCUACCCGAUUUGGCAUUACGCUUGUAUCUGCAGGGUGCACUGGUGAUUGGCGAGAUACGCUACACAAAUCACGAGACUGUGGCAUAUGAGUUCAUGACACAGGCCUUCUCGCUGUAUGAGGAUGAGAUAUCCGACUCGAAGGCACAACUUGCAGCCAUUACACUGAUAAUGUCCACAUUCGAGCAGAUGUCCUGUUUCGGAGAGGAGAACGCUGAACCACUCCGCACCAACUGUGCGUUAGCUGCGUCCAAGCUGCUUAAAAAACCGGAUCAAUGUCGUGGUGUUGUGGCCUGUGCGGCGCUCUUUUGGAGUGGCAAGCAAAAUGGCGAGGAAAUGCGCGAUGAGAAGCGUACACUGGAUUGUCUAAAGAAGGGCGCACGUAUUGCAUCACAGUGUCUAGACACUGGCGUCCAAGUGCAAUUGUAUGUUGAGCUAUUGAAUCACUAUCUCUUCUACUUUGAGCGCGGCAAUUCUCUCAUCACUGUAGCCAUGCUAAAUCAGCUUAUUGCCAAGGUUAACGAAGAGCUGCCCAAUCUGGAGCCCAGCGAGGAAACCAAACAGAUCGAGAGCCAUUAUAAAAAUACAUUGGCGCAUUUACGCAGUCGCAUGGAGUCCAAUGACACGACCCUGGAAGUAUCCUUUGCUGGCAUUACACUGAAUUAGUGUCGAGCCUUUCUCAAUAUUCUAUCCAAUUGGCACAGCUCUCAUCUAGCAAACAACGCCCCUCGAUCACGAAUAUUUUUGUAACGCUACUUAUCAGUCUACAGAUAGUAAAUCCACUCUUUAAAAGGCUGGACAAAUUAGAUCAAUGCAAAAUCACGACGCAUGCGAACAUUGCAAUACGAUCAUAAACUGUGUAAACUGUGUUUUCUUAAAGAAACGAAUUCCAUGAUAAAUUUUAGAUCGUUUAGAGUAGGACAAAGACUACCUAAAAAUUGCUUAUGACUUUAAUAUCCCAUUUGAUUGUAUAAUUCUAAGUGCAAAGUAUCAACAUUCUCGAUGAUUUUUCCCCUUUAUAUAAUCGCGUAUUUAGUUAUUUAAUUACAAGUAAUUAUCCUCAAAAGAAUUGUAUUUUAUUUUAUUGUAUUCAUUAACCCGAUGCAAAACAACACACAUGUGAAAUAUUGUUAAACAAAAUGAAUAAAAAAAAAACCCUAAAGUGAAAUACCUAUUAUGAAACAUACCAAUAUAAAUUUACCUUUAAAUGCAAUUUGACCGAUUUAGCUUGUGGUCAAAUAAAGUUAAGAUCAAAUUGCUUUUAGAAAAUUUUUAGAUCAAAGCCA